UCCAAGCCACCGCCGAACCCGCUGCGCCCCGUCGGCACGCUGCUCAAGUGGCUCCUCUACGGCACCGUCGCCACGUUUGGCGUCGCCUACUACCUCGACUCGCGCGCCGCCAUCCACCGCUGGGUCGCCAUCCCCGUGCUGCAGGCCACCGCCGACCCCGAGACGGCACAGAAGAUCGCCGUGCAGGGCCUCGCGAGUGGCAUCAUGCCGCGCGACAUGGGUGUCGACGACGACGUGCUGCAGACCAAGCUCUUCGGCAAGACGCUCUCGAACCCCAUCGGCCUGGCUGCCGGCUUUGACAAGCAGGGCGAGGCCAUCGACGGCCUGCUGGGCCUCGGAUUCGGCAUUGUUGAGAUCGGCAGCGUGACGCCCGAGCCGCAGCCGGGCAACGACCUGCCGCGCUACUUCCGCCUCGACCAGGACCGCGCCGCGAUCAACCGCUUUGGCUUCAACUCCGACGGCCACGACGCCGUGCUGGCACGCCUGCAGGCACGCAUCGGCACGUGGCUGCACUCGUCGGGCGCGCUCAAUGAUGUGCGCGUGCCCAUCUCCUCGUCCAACGUCGCGUCCGAGGUGCUGGCGGCGAACCCGGCCGUCGGGCCGCUGCUGCUCGACGCCGCCGAGCUGCCGCGCUCGGCGCGCGCCGGCCAGUUCCUCUCGGUGAACCUCGGCAAGAACAAGACGUCGGCGGCCGACUCGGUCGACGACUACGUCAAGGGCGUGCAGAAGCUCGGCCCGUACGCCGACAUGCUCGUCAUCAACAUCUCGUCGCCCAACACGGCCGGCCUGCGCAACCUGCAGCACAAGGAGGCACUGCAGAAGCUGCUCAAGUCUGUCGUCGACGCGCGCAACGAGCUGCCGCAGCCGCAGGCGCCGCUGCUCGUCAAGAUCGCCCCGGACCUCUCCGAGGGCGAGCUCAACGACAUCGCAGACGCUGCGCUCGGCGCCAAGGUCGACGGCCUCAUCGUCAGCAACACGACCGUCUCGCGGCCUGCCUCGCUGCUGUCGCCGCCGCACGUCACGCAGGAGACGGGCGGCCUCUCUGGCCCGCCCGUGAAGCCGCUGGCCAUCAAGGCGCUGCAGACCAUCUACAAGCGCGUCGGCGACAAGAUGCCGCUGAUCGGCUGCGGCGGCAUCGCGUCGGGCCGUGAUGCGCUCGACUUUGCCAAGGCCGGCGCCUCGGCCGUGCAGCUGUACACGUCGUUUGGCUACGAGGGUGUCGGCCACCCGCGCCGCAUCAAGGACGAGCUGACGGCUGCGCUCAAGGAGGAGGGCACGACGUGGCAGCGCAGCAUCGGCAAGGGCUCGCCCAACACGGAGCCGCAGCUGCCCGACGGCGAGCUGCCGCGCGCGCGUGCCGGCGAUGCCAGCCAGCACUUUGACCUUGCUGUUGCCAGCGUCAAGGGUGAGAUCGAGGGCCUGCGCAACGCCCUCGGCAGCCACCCGCGCGCCACGGCCGCGCCCGUCUUCCGCUCUGGCUCGGACGAGGACUCUCUGGUGGAGCGUGCCAACCGCGCACGCGGCACCGAGGCGCCCUCGCGCAGCGGCAAGACGGCGCCGCAGGCGCCCGUCGCGGGCGACGACGGCCUCACGCGCGGCGAGCAGCUCGAGCGCGAG